CAUCACGCCCGUGAAGUCGAAAUUAAAACUGUUAUCUCGGCUCAAAAUGCAUUGUUUCACUAAAAAACUUCACGGGCAUCACAAUCUGGACACCGUGAUCUUGACACUGCCCGCGAGCCAUAUAAAUCCUCCUGAACCUUGCAAACUUCACUGUUGAAGUGUUGACACCACAGUAUGCACCCAUCACAAUUGCUUCGCAACCGUAUCACCUCUUGAACAAUAACAACAUUGUCAUGUGUAGCUCUUCCUAGGAUAAAACUAGCUUGGGUAGGCCCAAUCAACCCAAACAACUAGAUAUAUUCAUUUCGGAGAAAGGGAUUCUGCGUAGCCCAGACCAAACCGCGAUCCAUUUUUUCUCCUUAGCAGCCCAUAGGCCGUUAAACGUUCGGAUAUGGCCCAAAAAUGUAAUUAACAAACAACAGCCUCGCCCACGCCCAGUUCAUUAGUCCGGUCCACCCGGCUCGUCUUCUUCCCGAAGAUAAUUACUUUUGCUCCCUUUCAAGGCUACUGACUAACUUCAAAAGUCAAAACCCUAAAACGGCUCUAUAAACCCCAACCAAAACAUCUUGAUUCUCUCUGGAACCAGCAAUGGGGAAACCUAAAGAUAAACCUGCAAAACAGGCGAAACAAUAUAUUGAAAUCAAAGAGGAACCUAUUGAGGAAGAAGGACAACGAGCAGUACAGCCACCGCUGGAGGCUGAGCACGAGAACAAAGUGAAGGACGAACCGGAAGAGGAGAACGACGAUGACGGCGGCAGCGAAGCGGAAGACGAAGAAAAAAGCUUUGACGAGCUGGGGCUGGACCCUCGGUUGAUUCGAGCUCUUAGCAAGAAGGACAUUAGUAUCUCAAAGCCAACCCCAAUUCAACGCGUUGCUAUUCCUCUCAUACUGGAAGGAAAGGAUGUGGUUGCACGAGCAAAGACUGGAUCUGGAAAGACGCUAGCAUACCUGCUGCCCUUGCUUCAUAAGCUGUUUGCUGAUUCCGGAUUGAAGCAAAAGAAUGCCCCUUCCGCCUUCAUUCUUGUCCCGAGUGGAGAGUUGUGUCAGCAGGUUUACAAGGAGAUUUCCUCACUCAUAGACUUGUGUAAAGUCCCAUUGAAGGCUGUGCCAUUGAGAAGCAACAUGCCUAUUUCUGAUAUGCGUGCUGCAUUGUCUGGACCUCCUGAUAUUCUGAUCUCGACUCCUGCUGGUGUUGCCAAGUGCUUAUCAACUGGUGUACUUCAAUCGACAUCAAUUGCUGAUUCUCUGGAAAUACUUGUUCUGGAUGAGGCAGAUCUCUUAUUAUCAUUUGGCUUUGAAGAAGAUCUAAAAGCUCUUACUGCUCUUCUUCCCAGACGUUGUCAAUGCCUUCUUAUGUCUGCCACAUCAAGCGAUGAUGUCGAUAAACUCAAGAAGCUUAUCCUACACAAUCCAUAUAUCUUAACUUUGCCAGAAGUUGAUGGUGUGAAGGAUGAAGUGAUUCCUAAAAAUGUUCAACAAUUUUGGAUUUCGACCAGUGAUCAAGACAAGUUAGUUCAUAUUCUUGCACUAUUGAAGCUGGAACUCGUACAGAAAAAAGUUCUUAUAUUUACCAAUUCUAUUGACAUGAGUUUCAGAUUGAAACUUUUCUUGGAGAAGUUUGGAAUCAAAUCUGCUGUUUUAAAUGCAGAGUUGCCGCAAAAUUCUCGUCUCCAUAUUCUUGAGGAAUUUAAUGCUGGCCUUUUCGACUAUCUGAUUGCUGGGGAUGAGAGUGAGGCAAAAGAAAAGGAAGUAGUUGACAAAGGUAGUAAUGCUGAUACCAAAAGGUCUAAAAAGUAUCCAAAGCAGAAAUUGGACUCAGAAUUCGGUGUUGUGAGGGGAAUUGACUUCAAAAACGUAUUCACGGUCAUAAAUUAUGAUAUGCCUGGUUCUGCUGUUGGAUAUGUCCAUCGAAUUGGACGGACUGGAAGAGCAUACAACACUGGUGUUUCUGUUUCUCUCGUUUCUCCAGAUGAGGUGGAAAUUCUCGAAGAGGUAAAAUCUUUAUUGGGCAAUGAGGAAGAUGAGAAUUCAGAUGUCAUUUCUCCAUUCCCUUUGCUAACUAAGAACGCUGUUGAGUCAUUACGGUAUAGAGCUGAGGACACGGCGAAGAGUGUUACAAGAGUUGCUGUCCGAGAAGCUCGAGCACAGGAUCUGAGGAAUGAGAUUCUCAACUCAGAAAAGUUGAAGUCUCAUUUUGAAGCCAAUCCAAGGGACUUAGAUUUACUAAAACACGACAAGAGUUUGAGCCAGCAGGCACCUGCUCCUCAUCUGCGCAAAGUGCCAGAUUACUUGAUCGAUGCUACCACGAAGGAAGCCAGUAAGAUGGUGAAGCUUGCUAGAGCUGCAAUGGGGAACAAUCCUUCUCGACGUCAAGGGUUUAAAAGGAAGUUCAAGAAAGGAGGGGGAGACCCUCUCAAGUCAUUCUCCGCUGAGGGAGGAGCGAAGGGAGGUCGAAAAGGCGGUAUGAAAAGAGGAGGCCGAAGCACUGAUGGCAAUCAUAAACACAACAAGAAGCGGAAAUCUCUGUGAGCCUUUGCAAUUUUGAUGCCCUCGUUUCAUUUUUGGACAAAUGUUGUAAUAGCACAAAGGGACAGUAGUUGGAGGAAGAAAAAAAAGAGUGUAUUUCUCAAUUUCUGAUAUAAAGAUCGUUCCAAAUAUACAAAUAUUGUUUUCUGGGUGAAAAUCCGUGUACAGUUUUCAUGUACAUGUCAUCCCAAUUCGCGGUUGGGAAGCUAAAGGGUCGUUUUGUAUGAAUUAUUUACUUGCCCAUUCCAGAUAAUCGAAAUUGCAUAGAAACAGAUCAAUUCUAAAUUUCUCGAAUCAAGAUUUGUUCUGAAAUUGUUGCCACUCCCGACUCUCUCUUAACCAAGAGGGGUGCUUAAUGAAAUCUAUUAUUAGGGGGGAAAAUUGAAAUAGAAAUAAAAUACAAAUCAUUAAAUUGAAAUAGAAGGGGGAAAAAAAACUAUGGACGUUUGCUGGCGGAUGGUCGGGCCGGUAAUGAGUUGUUUUACGAUUCGAAAUAUAUCAACAUUCAACAAUGAAUUAUGAAUGAGACGUUUGUUCUAAGAAGAAGAAGAAGCGUAGAUUUGGGAGCCACGUUGAUGGAAGGACAUCCGCACAUCAAUCGCUUACGUGGUCCAAUUACUUACACCUUUCAAUUCAUUCAUCCAGCCACGAGUUCCCAUUGGUCCCUCUCUCCCAAUGGCUCAUUCAUUCAUUGUGAGAUUUACAUCCUUUGGAAGCAAACUCUUGAACUCACAGGUCAGUCGGAUGGAAGUCGGAAAUUAUGGAACUUUUCCCAGAAAUACCACUGUUUAAAAAAAAAUUUCAAAAAUACCAUUCAAUCCUAAAAAAUUUCAAAAAUAACACCUUUUUCAAAAACCGCCACCCCAUCCUGCGGUUUACACGAAAACCGCUGGGCGGGGGCGCGGUUUUCUAUACAAACCGGGAGGCAAAGGAGCGGUUAUAAAAAAAAAUUGGACCAAACCGCUGGGUGGGGUGGCGGUUUGGCCAACCGCCUCCCCACCCAGCGGUUUGGUCCAAUUUUUUUUCGAUGAACUCCUAACUUAUGCUGAAACUUCAAACGAACGUAACUUUGCACUCGGGUAUCCGAUCAUAGCGAUUUUUUUUUUAUUUCGCAUAACUUUUCAAGAUCUACAACUUUUUCUAGGAUGAAAGUUUCAAAACAAGAAUUAUUUGUGGAUAUACGGGACCUUGAGAAUAACUUUACCUUUACUUUUCACAAAUCCAUGUACAUUUUAAAAUUAUGAUUAUCUUAAAAGUUGUAGAUCUUGAAAAGUUAUGAGGAAUCAAAAAACAUUUCAUGACGUUCGGAUUUUGGAGGACAAAGUUAUAGCCACCCAAAGUUUGACGAAAGGCGAGACCCGGCGGUUUGCGGCUUGCAAGAUCUCAAAAAGUUUGCGGCCUCCAUUUUUUGAAUCCGAAUAAAUUUUUGAGAUCUUGCAAGCCGUAAGCCGCAAACCGCAAACCUCCGGGUCCCGCCUUCGUCUCGAAAAAACGUCAUUUGCCACCCCGAACGAGCUUUUUUUUUAUUUCGUCAAACUUUGGGCGGCCAUAACUUUGUGCUCCAAAAUCCAAACGUCAUGAUUUUUUUUUAUUCCGCAUAACUUUUCAAGAUCUACAACUUUUAAUAUAAUCAUAAUUUUAAAAUGUACAUAGAUUUGUGAAAAGUAAAGGUAAAAUUAUUCCCAAGGUCCCGUAUAUCCACAACUAAUUCAUGUUUUGAAAAUUUCAUCCUAGUAAAAGUUGUAAAUCUUG